AGCAAUUCUCUAGAUUUUGAAACUUUCUCAAAACCCACCCUCCUUUGUACGAUAGUUUCUCUUCCAGGUGUGGAUGCUAAAUAGAUUCUUCACCACUUUGACAGAUGGGUCACUGUAUAUCGUGACCGUCUUCUUCUCAGAUUCAAAUUCCAAACUCUUUUUUGAAGAUUUUCAAGCUCAAUUGUGCUUUCUGUUAUUUGUUUCGAAUUGUUUAGCUGCUGUAGAUCUAUGGCGGGAUUCUGUUCACUUCCAAAUUCGUGUCAUAAUAAAAUCACAGUGGGAAUGAUUAAUUUGAUAAAGGAUUUAUUACGGUCUAUCUAUUUCCUAUGCUCGAUUCAAUUCUUGAGAAUGGCGUUGCUUUGGACCUUUUCUGUUGCAUUUUCUCAUUACCAAUUGUUUAAGGAUUCGCUCUUUUCUCACAAAAUCGUAUCCUACCCAAGGUCUUCACCUUCCACUUUUCCUAAUAAGCCCGUUUGCGUCAUCACCGGUGCAACAUCUGGCUUGGGAUUAUCUACUGCAUGCAAGCUUUCUAAGGAAGGAUAUGUUGUUGUUAUUGUGGGAAGAUCAGAGCAGUUGUUGUCAGAGGCCAUAACAAAGAUUAAAGGUUGGAAUGAGGAUGCCCACCUCAAAGCUUUUCAGGCUGACCUUUCGUCGGUUGAGUCAAUUAUAAAGUUCAGUACUUCCCUGCGGCAGUGGCUUUUGGAUUCCGAUUUGCACUGCUCGGUACAAAUACUAAUAAACAAUGCUGGAAUACUUGCAACAUCUCCUAGAGUCACAACUGAGGGCUACGAUAAGAUGAUCGCCACAAAUUAUAUCGGCCCAUUUGUUAUGACCAAGCUUCUAUUACCACUUCUUGAAAGCAGUCCCGUAUCUUCCAAAAUUGUUAAUGUAACAUCAUUUACUCACCGAGCUGUUACUAAUAUGCAGGUUGAUGAGGGAACUGUAUCUGGGAAGAGAUUUUUAAAAUCAAAACAAUAUCCAUAUGCUCAGAUCUAUGAGUAUUCAAAAUUAUGUCUACUUCUCUUCUCAUAUGAGCUCCACCGACAGCUUUGCCAGAUGGGUAAAUCUCAUCAGAUAUUUGUCAAUGUUGCAGAUCCUGGAGUUGUACAAACAAACAUCAUGCGAGAAGUUCCAGCAAGCCUGUCUUGGGUGGCAUUCUUUGUACUGAAGCGUCUACGCCUAUUGGAAUCCUUUGAGAGCGGGAAUGAUUCCAUUAUUGAUGCCGCUCUUACUCCGCCUGGAACAUCAGGAGUUUACUUUUUUGGGGGGAAAGGUAGAACUAUAAAUUCUUCAGCACUUUCACAAGACACCAAAUUAGCACAUGAGCUUUGGGAAACUACAUCCGAUUUGCUAUCGGUGACCCCUUUUGGUAAUAAGAGAAACAAUUUUUAGCAUUGGAUUGUAUGUCAUGUCGUGUAAUGACAAAGAAUAGUGGCACUUACACUCUUGAAAUAUGGGUACUUGUAAAACGAUGAAGUACAUGUACCAAGUACUUAUCCGGUAUUGGUACACGUAUGGUGCUCGUUAUACUCAAUUUUUGUUAAUUCUUCUAUUGUGAGUGAAAUAUGCGGUUUUAUCUUAUUUA